AUGGCUUGUAUGAAGCUGGGGUCAAAAUCUGAUGCAUUCAAACGUCAAGGGCAGGCCUGGUAUGCUACAUUCUCUCUCUCUCUCCCCUUUCUCUCUCUCUCAUGAAGGUUGGGUCAAGAUCUGAUGCAUUUCUUAUGUCUGCCGUUGUGUUCCCCUCCCUCACCCUCCCUCCUCAGCCUUUCCCUCUUUCCCUCGCUUCAUUUCAAGUUGUGUGGGUUUCCUGGGUUUUCUCGUGUUCCAUCUUCUCUGUUUACAUCUGUAAAUCUUUGGACCCAGAAGAUCGAACAGUUACCAUAAAUAGUCAUACACUUCUGUGGGCCCACUCCGUAUGCUAUUUAACUCAGAUUCUCCUGCCCUGGUCUCCUCCCUUAACCUGAAUUAGAUCACACUGCUCAUCAUAAGAAAACUUUUUCCCCGAAUUUUCCCGACAUUUAAUUAAAAUUAUAAAUAUUUUCCCUCCAGCCCUCAAAUUGGUUUUCGCUCCCUACGCAUUCGAACUUGGCAAUUAUUCUCCUUAUAUUUACAUAUUUAUAUAUUUUCAUUUAUUCAUAUUAUCAAAAAAUCCGGAUCCUUGGAGGUCAUGGCUGCAACCGGAUUGGUGGGUCAGAUCCCGAUCCCAAUCCGGAUACAGCUCAGGGGGGGGGGGUGGUCUGUUUCGUUGACCCUGAUCGGUCAAACUUUGGGCUCCUUCAAGCGGGUCAACCGAUGCCGAUCUGAAUCCGGGCCGGCCGACCCUGCACACUGUUGAUAAGUUUUUUGUGGUCGGGGGAGACCUCUCUUAAUUAUUUUCCCUUUUUUCAGUCUCCAGAAUUUCUCAGAAUAUUAUUUUCCGUUUCUUGCGGCUGCCGUUCGUUCUCCGAAUUAUUUGACUCCUCCAUCGAAUUUAAUUUCCCUUUUUAUUUUUUUAUUUUUUUAUGUUCAAACAUUUCUCAAAAAAUUAAAUGGCGAUGGUGCCCCAUGAUCUCUACCGAAAUUGGCAAAAAAUGAUCCCUAAGUUUAGCCCAAUUAAGUCGCCUUUAACUCCCCCAAAUUUAUUCGAUUUGAUUAAACGGUUUCUAUCAGCUUUCUAUUAACAUUUUCGCAUUUAUUUUUUUCCUCGGAAAAAUUAGUCAAGAUAAAAUAUUAUCCGACCCGCCUUCCAGACUAGUCGGCAGUAAAUCAUUUGGCCUCCCUGCUUAGUUUGGCGAUUCCCAUCUGCUUACGCCUUCCUGUUCUUGGGCCGUGACAGGUUCUGUUCAACGGGGCUUCCAAGCGAUGUGACCGUUGAGGUGGAAGACAUGGCCUUCCAUCUUCACAAGGUCAACCCGACCCUCGUUUCUCCUCGUGAGUUUUUUUUUGUUCAUCGUGGAUGAUAUCCGGAUCUUGAAGUGGGUGCGUCCUACCUUCUGAGCAGUUCCCGCUGCUGUCGAGGAGCGGCCUGCUCGAGAGGCUGAUCAGGAGGGCCUCGGCGGCGGCGGCGGCGGCGGCGGCGGAGGAGGAGGAGGAGGAGGAGGAGGAGGAGGAUGAAGAAGAAGAAGAAGGGGAUGGCGGCUGCGUCGUGCGGUUGGCGGCGGUGCCCGGCGGCGCGGCGACCUUCGAGCUGGUGGCAAAGUUCUGCUACGGCGUGAAGGUGGAGCUGACGGCGGCCAACGUGGUGGGGCUGCGGUGCGCCGCCGAGCACCUGGAGAUGACGGAGGAGUAUGGGGAGGGGAACCUGGUGGCGCAGACGGAGGUCUUCCUCAACCAGGUGGUCCUCCGGCGGUGGAAGGAGUCGGUGGCGGCACUGCGGGCCUGCGAGGGGCUGCUGCCGCUCGCCGACGAUCUCAGAAUCUCGCGGCGGUGCGUGGAGUCGCUGGCGGCGAAGGCCGUUACCGAUCCGGGCCUUUUCGGCUGGCCGGUGAUGGAGCACGGCGGCGCCAUGCAGAGCCCCGGCGGCAGCGUCCUCUGGAACGGCAUCAGCACCGGCGCCCGCCCACGCAGCGCCGCCGGCUCCUCUGCCGACUGGUGGUACGAGGACGCUACCGCCCUCUCCCUCCCCUUCUUCAAGCGCCUCCUCUCCGCCAUGGACUCCCGCGGCGUCCGCCGCGAGGCCCUCGCCGGCGCCAUUGUCUUCUACGCGCAGAAGCACCUCCCCGGCCUCGCCCGCCGGCACAGCGGUGCGGGCACCGCCACUCCACCUGCAACUUCGGAGGAGCAGCAGCGGCACCUGCUGGAGGAGAUGGAGGCGCUGCUGCCGGGGCAGAGGGGGAUGGUGCCCACCAGGUUCCUGUUCGGCAUGCUGCGGGCGGCCAUGAUCCUCCGCGCCGGUGCCGCCUGCGUCGCCGGCCUGGAGAGGAGGAUCGGCGGGCAGCUGGACCAGGCGGCGCUGGAGGACCUCCUGCUGCCCACCUUCUCCCACUCUAUGGAGACCCUCUAUGACGUCGACUGCGUGCAGAGGAUCCUCGGCCACUUCCUGGCGGCUGACCAGGCGGCGGACCAAGCGGCGGCGGAGGAGCCGCUGGGGCUGCUUGCCGGGUCGCCGUCGCUGGCGCCGCUGACCGCCGUAGCAAGGCUCAUCGACGCUUACCUCGCGGAGGUGGCGCCGGACCCCAACCUGAAGCUCACAAGGUUCCAGGCCAUGGCCGCCGACGUCCCCGACUAUGCACGCCCCCUUGACGACGCCCUCUACCGCGCCAUCGACAUCUACCUCAAGGUAGAGAGAGAAACAGAUUUACAGAGAGAGGAGAUGGGCUGUGUUUCACUGUUACUGAUUGUGGUGUUGCAGGCGCACCCCUGGAUGGGGGAGGGGGAGAGGGAGAAGCUGUGCAGGGUGAUGGACUGCCAGAAGCUGUCGCUGGAGGCGUGCACGCACGCGGCGCAGAACGAGAGGUUGCCGCUUCGGGUGGUGGUGCAGGUGCUCUUCUUCGAGCAGCUGCAGCUGAAGAGCUCCAUUGCGAGCUGCUUCCUCGUGUCGGAGAACCUCGACGGGUCGAGGGCGCUCAGGAGCGGCGGCGCCGCCGAGGGAACCGGCGGCGGCGGGGGGUGGGCGACUGCGGCGAGGGAGAACCAGGUGCUGAAGGUGGGCAUGGACAGCAUGCGGAUGCGGGUGUCGGAGCUGGAGAAGGAGUGCUCCACCAUGAAGGAGGAGAUCGAGAAACUGGGUCGGGGGCGGAGCAGCGGGGGCGGCGGCGGCGGGGGUUGGGCCAGCGUAGUGCCGAGGAAGCUCGGGAUGAAGAUCAAGUCCCAGAUGUGCAGCGCCCAGGAGGGGUCGGUGGACGAGCACAGGAGCCUCCGCGGUGGCAACGCGAGGACGGUGGAGAUGCUGCAGGCGAAGCUCUCCAAGAAAUACGAAUGA